CUUGCUCUGAAAUACAUCUUCUUUUGUAAUCCCAGAAACAAUCCUAAUAGUGGGGUACACCACUAUAAAAGCAAUCCAUCCACUUUUUUCCGUACUAUUUCGCAAAACCAAAUCAGUUCAGUUGCCCAAAAUGUUACAGUUCACUUUUUCCCUCUGCUUGCUCGCUUUGGCCAGUGCUGCUCGUCUAGACACCCAAUACCUGCCCCCUUUCUCGCGCCCCUACAGUGGCGGAAGCGCUUUUUCUGGCUUUGGACAACCAAACAUCCAAAUUCUGCGUUUUGACAACAGCAACAACGGUGAUGGAACUUACAACUACGCCUAUUCUACUGGUAAUGGCAUCUCGGCCCAAGAGCAAGGGUUUUUGAAAAAUGUUGGGUCUGCUAAUGAGGCCGAAGUUGCGCAAGGGUCGUAUUCGUACACUGCGCCAAAUGGUCAACAAAUUUCCGUGACUUAUACAGCGGACGAAAAUGGGUUUCACCCCCAGGGGGCUCAUCUGCCGACGCCGCCACCGAUUCCUGAUGCUAUUCUGAGGUCUAUACAGUUCAAUAGGGCUCAAGGGGGUUAUGAUGAUGGACAGUAUCGUCCGCAGAGUGGAUUCACGGCGGCUGGGUUUUACAAUCAAGGUUACCGAUAUUAGUUUUAGUUUUGUGAUGAUAAAGAGUGCUUAUUUAGUUAGAUUUCUACUCUUAUUUAUUGUGAACCUAAUUUAGUAGAAAAAUAUAGAAUAUUUUGAUACCUA